AUGGGCGUAAAAUAUAAAGUUGAUUUUACUCCUGAAGAGCUUGAGAAAUUUGGUAAAAUGGGCAUGUUUGGUGCACCUAUGGGAAAAAUGAAAGAGUUUUUAGCCGUUGAUGGCACUCUUCAAGGUUUUCCUAACUUAGGUAUACCGGCAGACUCUGUUAACAACCAGUUCAGGGAUUGGAUGUACGAAUCGCUGUUGUCAUACGGUGGUGGUAAUGCUAAACCUGUUAUUACCAUUAAAGCCGACAAUAAAACCCCUUAUGAAAACAUAAGCCAGGUUAUUGAAGGUUUACGCGAUAACAAAGCAAAUACCUACCGUUUAAUAACCGGUUUUGAAGGUAAACCAGAAUAA